CAUUUGCUUACUUUAUAUACAACUGAAGAAAAGAUGAUUUCAUAUUGUCCCAUUUGCGCAAAGCCAGUUUAUUUUGCUGAAAGAAAACGUUCACUUGGCAAAGAUUACCAUCCUUUAUGCCUGAAGUGUUUCCAGUGCAAACGGCAGCUUACUGCUGGCCAGCAUGCUGAGUAUGAUGAUAAGCCAUAUUGUAACCGGUGUUAUCUUCUGCACUUUGGACCAAGAGGUAAAGGAGCACGUGGUUCAACAUCAAGAGCCUCAACACAUGCUACAACAGUGUCUUCUUCAGCCAUACCAGCAGCAGAGAACAAAGACAGAUGUUAGUGUUCUGGAUACAUGAAGUUUGAAAUGGGCAAAUUGUCUCAUACUCUUCUGCACAUAACAGAUUUUUAGCUAAUAAAUGCAUGCAUUAACCUGCCAUUUUAUUUCUUUUUUGGUGCAAAAGAGACCUUUAUUAUUUUGCUGCCUAAUUUACACAGGGGGCACAUUUAUGACCCACUGAGGUUCAUGAUUGGGCAAAGUAAUGCCAGAAAACAUGAAUUUCUGAACUCGCUCAUGUUUUGUAUUUUCCCAGCCAUGAUACAGGUAUGGGAUCUGUUAGCCAGAAACCUAAGCUAAAUAAUUAAGAUUUAAAAAAAUGAUUACCAUUUUCUUUGUAAUAAUAAAACAGCACCUUGUACUUGAUGGUAACUAAGCUGCAUGAGUCCAUAUUGGUGGCAAAACAAUCCUAUUGGGUUUAUUUAAUGUUUAAAUGAUUUUUUAGUAUACCCAUGGUAUAAAGAUCCAAAUUACAGAAAGAUAUUUUGGUCCCAGGUAUUCUUGAUAACAGGUCCCAUACCUGUACUCAAUGGAUCAUGAAUCUGUCCCUUAAUGUUUUCUUACUUCAAUGACUUUUCGUUAUGAGGAUAAAUACAUUAUAAUGUGUUGGGCAGGAAGAGGUGUUAUAAUUAGUAUCCAUGAUGGUAUUUUAUCAGACAACAGGGUCAUAUUGCUGGAUCCAAAGGCAUGAUCUGUGCCAAAGAGGGUGUUAUUAAAUAUUGACUUACUAGGGUGUCUAAACCUUUGCAAAUGCCACAAUGAAUACUUUCUGUAUUUUUUUAUGUUUGUGAAUUUAAUUGUAAUUAUGCAUUAACAUUUGCAAAUUUGUUGAUUCCUGUAGUAGUUGUUUACUACUUUUUACAAAAUUAAAUAAACAUGUAAUUUGGCAAAGGAAUCCCCACAAUUUUGUAUUUUCUGGUCAUCCUAUACAGUAGGUUCCUAAAGCUGGCACAAGACUUGGUAACAGAUAAAAAGUCUGGUUUCUAAGGGCCAGGAGAAAGACCCCUUGGGAUCCAGAAAAGAGACUUCAGAAUUCAUUAAACACAGCUACAACAUGUAAAGGAAAAUUGUGGAAGAAAAAAGAAGAUCUGAUGAGCUGUGGAUGGGGGCAUAAAACAUUUUGACAAUGAAAACAUGGGGUAAAAGGAAAGGGAGAACAGGGUAUACUGUAUGUGCAUAGCAAAAGCAUUAGUGUGUUUAACCCCUAGAGAACUGACCACAUAAUUAUAGUAGAAGCCAGGUCUGGACUGGCCAGGUCUGGGCCCUGGCCCAAACAGCUCCCCACCAGCCCCCCUACAGAAGCCCCUCUGGCAUUUGCCAGAAUCCACAGAUUGCCAGCCUGGGCCAGGUGAAACCAAAUUGUUUGUAUCUGAAAUGUAGGUGUACCUGCUGGCAGUGAUCUUCCUGAAGAUGUUCUUGUUAAAAUGCAUUUAACAAUAAAUAAAUAAAAUUAAACAUGAUUAUAUUUAAACAUAUUAAAGCAAGGUUUAUAUGAUUUUAAGGUUAAGAUUUCCUUAGGUUUUCCAUCCUGUUUAUUUAGCUGUGAACACAUACUUUGAACACAGACAAACCGGCAACUGUCUAGUUAUAUUUGUGUAAAAUCUCAAAAUUGCACAAUAUGGCUUUAAUUGAAUUGAAGCAUGCUGUAUUAUAAUGCUCUAUAUCCUGAAUAUAAAAUUGUAAUGAAU